AUGCAGGAUCUCACCUAAAUUCUUGUUCAUAGUUGUGCUUGGAGGUGAAAUAUUUAAAUAUUGAAGUUUGUUGUAGUGGAAAAAGGUAGAAGGGCCAAUAGAUGGAGAAUUUGGUGAAUUUUUUUUUUAAUUUAUUGAGUCAUUUUUUUGUUUUGGAGACAAAGAACCCUUAGUAAUGUUUUAGGGAUAAACAAGAUAAGGAAAUUAGAUCUGUAACUUUUAAUUGUGCAUGAUUUUUAUUUUCUAUUGGUUUAAUGAGAGUUUUUUUAUUGAUGGAUCUGUGUAUCAGCCCUUAGUAAUGUUUUACUUUUUUUCAUUUUGGGUGUUUUGUAGGACUGUGAAGACUUUAGAUCAUUUUGUUUAUGAUCUGUGUAUCAGACCCUUGAUGGUAUGUCUACCCCAACUAUAAACUACUCAUCUCCCAACUAUAAACUACUCAUCUUGCUUGGAUCUGUUGUUGUGUAUAGGAAAGAGGGGUUCUACCUAUGCUUGGAAAAGGGUGAAUGGUACCAAAAGGAACGAGAAAAAACCCACUAGAAAGAAUGGGGGGUCAUCCACUCCAUUGUUGGGUAGUCAACUUUAUCUGUGACUUUGAGUACAAGAUUUCUGGGAUCAAGAAACUCGUAAACAAAUAUGCUCAGCUGGACUCUUUUUUCGUAUGCUCGAAAAAUAAAAUUUGGGUACAACUCAGCUUGCUGCAAAGCCUUUCUUUCUCGUCCAAACACUCCAGAUUUGCACUUUGCCCCAUGGAAAACAAUAAGUGAUGAGAGCAUUCAUGCUCCACCUUCUCGUGUUGAGGUGAAGUCUAAGUAUGGAUUGGGAGGGAGUUCAUUAGGCAGGCAAGUGGUUCCAAUAUCUCAGAUUUAUGUUGAGAUUGAGAUUUUUUUCUUAGCCAUGAUCACUGCGGCAGUUCACAUGGCGAUGAAUUCUCAGAGUUUAGGAGGUAGUAAAGAGCAUGGAAGUUCCAGUGGUGGUGGUAAUUAUCCAAAUGUAUGGUCAAUGUUUAGCAAAUAGGUCCUUAGAUCAAAACGACACAAUUUCACAGUUAAAGUGUCAUCCUAACUUUCAAAAACAAUGUCGUUUUUGUGAAGUAGAAUUCUGAUGUAGCACUUGAUGUGACAACUCAACUUUCUGUCACAGUUUUUUAACGGGGUUUGACGUUAAGGACUAAAAUAAAUGAUGAAAAAAAAGUUAGAAAUUAACAUGAUAUUUUAAAUGUCUCAGAAAUUAAAAUAUUGGACUCAAACUCUCUCAAGGAUUAAAGUGAAGGUUUAGUCUUUAAUUUAAUGAGUUGUUUCAAGUUUGAAUCUCAAUUAAUGUAAUUGUGUUGAAUAUUUAAAAGAAAAAUUCAACUCCAACUGUGUUGCUUCUAAAAAUACCUACAGUUUAAAAAGAAAAAAAAAAUUUAAUCAUAAAAUUUAAUAGAACAAAAUUUAAAAAAAUUAUUUUGAUAAAUUAAACUUAAAAAAAAAUUAAAACAAGUUAAAAAAAGUUUAUGAAAAUGAAACUAUUUUUAUAAACUUGUCAUCAACUUUUCUAAAUCUCUUUUCUUUAAUACAAGUAUGAAUAUGUAUUAUUAGUACCUUAUCCAAAGCCUGCAUAUUAUCCCUACCUUUGGACAAUACAAACUAUCAAUUUUCAGACCAUUUUUAAAAUGGAUAAAAAUGAGUGUUCAACAUAUAUAUACCUGCAAGCCUCACAAAGCAAACUUCAAAUUGAACAGGCCACCAUGUCAUUGGAAACUUCAACCUCAUGGAUAUUCUUUGCACAGUAUCUCAUGGGACCUUAAACUUUCGACGGGAUUGGUGUUAAACAAAAGUUAAAUUUAGUUUUUUACUUGCAAGACCACUUUUACCCAUUUUAAUAAAAGGAUCGAGAUCGAGUUAAUACAUGAAAGUUUACGAAAUGCAUGGGAAGGCAACAUGUCACGUACGUACGCUUGAGUAUGACACAGUUAAAGAUUUAAAAUUCUAAAUAAAAAAUGCUAGUUGGAAAUUCCCAAUGAUUUUCAUCUCUUCGUUAAUAGUAUAUAUAUUUUUAAAAUUAAGGUUCACCAAAUUUGCAUAUACCAUACAAUUAUACUUUUCAACCCGUCUUUUUCUCACACUUUCACUAAAAUUAGGUUUAUAACACUUAUCCCAAACUUAGCCAACGCACAUGAAAAUUCCGAUGAAACCUCUCUAGACUUCCAUCGGAGUUAUUGGUUUUCAUUUGCCUAGCCACCGAUAGGGGGCGGUAAAUCAAAUCCAAUGCUUUUUGUUUUAUACAAUUUAAAGAUUUUUUAACCUGAAGUCUCCCUCUUCUUGGUUUGGAUUUGGAUGCUCAUUCCAAAACAUCCAACCAAGAACUGCUAAUCUUCAAAAAAAAAAAAAAAAUCUCCAUCUUGUCAUCAACGUUAGUUCUUUGUUGCCAACCAAAUCAUCAUAUAUAUGGUUGAUUCAAACAUUUGUCCAGAAGAAAUUUGUAGUUGAUUCAAUCGAAGAUUGGAGGUUCUAACACCUUUGAAGUGAAAGGUUUCGAGUGCAAAUUGUUCAAGAGCUUCAAAAAUGUCGUCAACUGCAGUGAAAGGCCAGAUGAAAGGCCUCCUUAAAGGGCUUAGAUACAUAUCCCAGAUAUUUGAUGAGGAAGGUGAAAAGGAAAUACAAAUUGGGUUCCCAACAGAUGUAAAGCAUUUGGCACAUAUUGGUUGUGAAGAUGCAAAAGCAACUCCGCCAAGCUGGAUGACUGAGUUUAAAGAAACGCCAGAACCUGCUUCAGGAACGGUAGUAAACUCCACCAAGACACCUGAAGGUUCGGAUGCAGAUAACAAUAGUAAUGAUAAUAAUAACAGCAAAAGUGAUGGAAAGCGAGUUCGAAAGUCAAGGCCACGUUCUAUAGAGGGGCAAUCCACAACGAAUUCUCCUGCUCGAGAGAACCCAACUGAGGGAUCGAAGCCUAGUCGACGACAUCAUUCUUCAGAAUCUUCUAGAAAAAUGAAUCGUCCCUCAUCAGAAGAGGAGAAACCACCAACAUCGUGCAAGCCUCGUAGAAAGUCCAAGACAACAUCUGAGGAAAAAGAUGGGUCCACAAGAAAGGCUUCAAGAACUCGAAGACAAUCCAAAGGAGGAUCCUUAACAGAUAUUUCCUUUACGGAGUCUGGGCCUGGGCCUACCUCUCAGUAG